CGGGGCUGCGCGCGGCCGCCGAAGCCGCUGGGCGGCGGGGCGAGGGGUCGGCGCGGCUCCCGGCACAUGGCGGCGGAAGGGCCGGAGGCCGCAGCUACCGUGGCAACGGCGGUCCCGGCUGCCGCCAUGGCGACGGAGGCCCCGGCUGCUGCCAUGGCAACGGUGCCCGGCGUGACGGAGCGGUACUUCACCCGCUGGUACAAGCCAGAUGUAAAAGGGAAUCCAUGUGAGGACCAUUGCAUACUGCGGCAUUCUAAUAGAAUCUGUGUCAUUACUAUAGCAGAUGCCCAUCCUCUUCUUCAAAAGAGAAGACAAAUUAAGAGUAUUAGUUACCAGAUCAGUGCCAACUGCAGCAGACUCCAGAAUAAAGUUUCUGGAAAAUAUAAAAGGGGUGCUCAGUUCUUAACAGAACUUGCCCCUCUGUGUCACAUUUUCUGCUCAGACGGAGAAGAAUAUACCAUAUACAGCUGUAUAAGAGGGAGACUGAUAGAAGUGAAUGAAAACAUUUUGGACAAUCCAGCUCUUCUACAAGAAAAGCCUUCCACAGAAGGAUACAUUGCAGUUGUACUACCAAAGUUUGAAGAGAGCAAAAGAGUAACUCGGGGGCUUUUGACACAGAAAGAAUAUGAAGAUGUUUUGUCAAAACGUUUUAAUUCCACAUGAUACAAUACACAGAAUGAGAACUAAAUAUUGUGUAGCAGAAAAAAAUGAGUUGUUUAGGACAGAUUCCAGUAUAUCCCAUGAUAAAGUGACUUUAUGGUGUUUUUUACCUAAAAUUUAGAGUAGCGACUAAAAAGCUGUUCAUUUUCAGCCAAAUGAAACACAAUCAAGACAAGUUUUAAGCACCUAAAGACUCAUUUAUUAAUAAUAUCAACCAUGUACUUAAUUUUUUUCCCAGUGAUCUCUGCAGAACUUCAGUAUACCUUAACGACAGUAGGACCCUAACUGUUCUGUUAUAUUUAAAGAAGCAAUACCAAAAAUACUGUCCUGUUUCUAAGGUCAAUAAAAACGUUUCUUUACCAGAA